AUGAAAUUUGCAGUGAUAAGAGGUGAUCAACUACCUGGCCGAAUAACAGUUUUACUUCUUUGGUUUGGAGGUCUGGGAUGCAAUAUUUAUUUAUUCUGCAAAUAUCCUACUUUAGCAUCACAAAUUAUUAGCGGAAUUUAUUAUUUUCUUGGAAUUUUGUGGCUAUGGUCAUAUUUUGUUUGCUGCUGGCUUGAUCCAGGAUAUAUUGAAAGUUAUUAUGAAAAUCAAGGUAUAAAAGACAAUAUUUUGAAAGGUGAAAUUCCACAUGAUCUUGAAAACAUUCCUAAAUGUCCUAAAUGCUCGUAUCCGAAGCCAAAGAGAACACAUCAUUGUUCGACUUGUAACAAAUGCGUAAUUUAUUUUGAUCAUCAUUGUCCUGCCAUUGGAAACUGUGUUGGCUUAUAUAACAUCAAAGGAUUCAUAUUAGUUAGCUUUUAUGGAGGAGUUCAACUCAUCCUAAUUGCUGCUAUGCUCUUUGCAAACAAAGGAAAUCAAACAGGAGGUAUUGUUGCAGUGAUGUUUGGAGCAGUUUUCAUAUUAUUUGGACUUUCUUAUGUGUUUAGAAUAGGUCAGAGUAAGCCAACAAUUGAAUCUUACCAAUCAUUCAGUAUAAAUCCAUAUGAUCAUGGAAAUUGCAGCAAUUUGAAAGAAAUUUACCCAACAAUCUUUCAUUUCUUCGUCCCAAUACGCCCACCAUCAGAUGCAUUCACCUGGAAUGAUGCUGAAUUUCCAGAAUAUGUUAAUAACAAUUCAACUAAUGUGAAUAUGAAUCCACCAACAUAA